UUUCAUUUUUUCUGCACUUUCAUCACCACCAUCCAACAUUCAACAACGCCAACGUCCUAUCUGUCUAUUUUCUCUCUCCUCAAAUUACAAAUAUAUCUGCUCAGACUUCAGAACCCUAAGUGGGGUUUUUCUGGGUUUUUCUUGUUCUUAUUUUGGGUGGUCUUAGUUUUUCAUUUACAAUCCUACAUAGUUAUGACGACGUCGUUUGGAGCUGCAAAUACCGCCAUUUUUAUUGACCCACCAAAGCUUCAAAUUCAGACCUUUAAUGGGUUGAAAACUUCUGGGUUGAUUUCUGUGCACAAAACUAUUCAUGGGUUUUCUUCAUCUUCUUCGAAUUCUUCUACCAUAAGAGCUAUCUCAACGCCAGUAAAGCCUGAGACUGCUGCCGAGCCUAAGCGUAGUAAGGUCGAAAUAUUCAAGGAGCAAAGUAACUUCAUAAGGUACCCUCUUAAUGAGGAGAUGGUGAAUGAUGCCCCCAAUAUAAAUGAGGCUGCUACACAGUUGAUUAAGUUCCAUGGGAGUUAUCUACAGUAUAAUAGGGAUGAGAGGGGUGCAAAAUCUUACUCGUUUAUGCUUCGUACGAAAAAUCCUUCUGGGAAAGUGUCCAACAGAUUGUACUUAGUAAUGGAUGAACUUGCUGAUGAAUUCGGCAUUGGAACUCUAAGGUUGACGACAAGACAAACAUUUCAGCUUCAUGGAGUCUUGAAGAAGGACAUGAAGACAGUGAUGGGAACCAUUAUUAGAAACAUGGGAUCGACUCUUGGUGCUUGCGGGGAUCUUAACAGAAAUGUCCUUGCUCCGCCUGCCCCACUUGCUCGAAAGGAUUACUUAUAUGCCCAAGAAACAGCUGAGAAUAUUGCUGCUCUCCUAACUCCUCAAUCAGGUUUCUAUUAUGAUGUGUGGGUUGAUGGAGAGAGAUUUAUGACUGCCGAACCCCCUGAAGUAGUGAAAGCUCGUAAUGAUAAUUCCCAUAAUACAAAUUUCCCUGAUUCUCCAGAACCCAUCUAUGGAACCCAAUUUUUGCCUAGGAAAUUCAAGAUUGCUGUCACAGUUCCCACUGAUAACUCAGUAGACAUAUUCACUAAUGAUAUUGGUGUUGUCGUUGUAUCUGAUGACAAUGGAGAGCCUCAGGGUUUCAACAUAUAUGUUGGAGGUGGCAUGGGAAGAACACACAGGUUAGAGAGCACUUUUGCUCGUCUGGCUGAACCUAUUGGCUAUGUGCCAAAGGAAGAUAUAUUGUAUGCUAUCAAAGCUAUUGUCGUUACUCAGAGAGAAAAUGGUAGAAGAGAUGACCGUAAAUACAGCAGGAUGAAGUAUCUAAUUAGUUCAUGGGGUAUCGAAAAGUUCAGAAGUGUUGUUGAAGAGUAUUAUGGAAAGAAGUUUGAGCCAAUUCGUGAGUUGCCAGAGUGGGAAUUCAAGAGUUUUCUGGGUUGGCAUGAGCAGGGUGAUGGAAGUUUAUUUUGUGGCCUUCAUGUUGACAAUGGCCGUAUAAAAGGCGUAAUGAAGAAAACAUUGAGGGAAGUAAUUGAGAAAUAUAAUUUGAAUGUGCGUAUCACAGCUAAUCAAAACCUUAUCCUGUGUGAUAUUCGCCGUGCAUGGAAACGUCCAAUCACCACAAUGCUUGCUCAGGGUGGCCUGCUGGAACCUAGGUAUGUAGAUCCUCUCAAUGUAACUGCAAUGGCUUGCCCUGCUCUACCUAUGUGUCCACUGGCAAUAACUGAAGCUGAACGAGGAACCCCUGACUUAUUGAAACGGAUCAGGGCUGUGUUUGAGAAGGUUGGCCUCAAGUACAAUGAAUCUAUUGUUGUAAGAGUUACGGGCUGCCCUAAUGGAUGUGCAAGACCCUACAUGGCUGAGCUAGGACUUGUUGGAGAUGGUCCUAACAGCUAUCAGAUAUGGCUGGGUGGUACACCAAACCAAACAUCAUUGGCAAAGACCUUCCUGAACAAGGUCAAAAUUCAAGAGCUAGAGAAGGUGCUGGAGCCUCUAUUUUAUCACUGGAAACGCAAUCGUGGAGCUAAGGAAUCAUUUGGCGAAUUCUCAAACCGCACGGGUUUUGAGAAACUUCAAGAGUGGGUAGAGAAAUGGGAAGGUGUACCACAAUCAUCUGGUAAAUUCAACCUGAAGCUUUUUGCUGAUAGGGAAACAUACCAAGCCGUAGAUGAAAUGGCUAAGUUGCAAAACAAGACAGCCCAUCAGUUGGCCAUGGAAAUUAUCCGCAAUUAUGUUGCUGCCGAGCAAAAUGGCAAAAGUGCUGAAUAAGUUCGUCGCAUCUGAAAUUCUAGAUGUAUGUAGUAUCUUCAUAAAAGUCCAGGAAAACGCCUGCUGUUUUCACUGUCAUUUCCUCUGAGAUGUUGCUGCAUUAUAACAGCCACAGUUGCCUGGACAAAUUUUCUUGGUUUUUCUUUAUCCGCUUCUAAACCUCCCCUUCUGCAAGCCAUUUUGUUUUGAUUAGACUUAUUUAUGUAUUGUUCUCUCUCGAAGGUUUUGGUUGUAAUCUUGAUCUGAGUUUUUAGUUUUCCUCGUUGUUGUGCCCAUAAGCCCAUUAGCAGUGCUGCCAUUUUUCCGGUGGCUGUGUGAAAAUUUACCCAAGGUUGCUAAUGAAAACUUGUAAUUUGAGUAUGAGAAUGCAUGACCAAAUUGGUACAUGAAAAUUUUUGUUA